UGGCUGCCUGAACUCGCAUCACACUCCACGAACCACCGACAAACCUUUUAAAGCCUCAAGAACAUUAUCCCCAAUCCAUUCAGCCCAAAUGCAGACUUCCUCAUCUUCUUCUUCCCUAUGUGCUAUCGUUCCUGUAGAUUGCAUCUUCAAUGGUUCAAAUCAGCUAGCUUAUCCUUGCAGUUUCAAUUUAGGGUUAUUAAGAGGAAGCAGAAAGCUCAAGAUUUCUAGGUUGAAGGCUGGCUUUUGGGAAUCCAUUAGAUCAGGGUUGAUAAAGAACAACUCCACACAGGUUAUUGAACCACUUUCUAGUUCCCAAGAAGAGGAAGAACCUCUUCCGGAGGAAUUUGUACUUGUUGAAAAAACCCUGCCAGAUGGAACAGUUGAACAGAUUAUUUUUUCUUCAGGUGGAGAUGUCGACGUAUAUGAUCUCCAAGCCUUGUGUGAUAAGGUUGGGUGGCCCAGAAGGCCGCUAUCAAAGCUAGCUGCUGCACUCAGAAAUAGCUACAUGGUAGCAACGUUGCAUUCGGUAAAGAAACCAGCUGGAGAAGAAGUGAACAAUAACAAGAAGCUCAUAGGCAUGGCUCGUGCUACAUCGGAUCAUGCAUUCAAUGCAACAAUAUGGGAUGUCCUUGUAGAUCCUAGCUACCAGGGGCAAGGUCUUGGAAAGGCUCUAAUUGAGAAGAUUAUAAGAGCUCUACUUCAAAGGGAUAUUGGCAACAUAACACUAUUUGCAGACAGUAAAGUUGUGGACUUUUAUAGGAAUCUAGGAUUUGAACCCGACCCAGAGGGCAUCAAAGGUAUGUUUUGGUACCCAAGAUUUUAGCCAGAUUGAGGGACAAUCACCCAUGAGAUUUUAUACGUAUGGUACUUUUUAUGUGUAGCGUUUCUUGGUCCUUUCUAUAGGUAUGAUGUUGAUGAUGUAAAAUAUAUACACCGAUUAAUAGGUCUUACUUUUGUUGUAACAUAACAAAUUUGAACUUACUGAGAUGCAAAAUCCAUAUUUAUUCCACCA